AACCAGAGUCUACUAGUUUUCUAAACUGUCUCAGAUGAUCCGUAAUCGUAUGGGUUAAGUGACUUAAGUCGAAAGAUUCGCACUGCGUGACGCAUCAUCUUCUUUGUAAAUAUAGGCGAGAGAGAGAGAGAGAGAGAGAUGACAGUAGAAGAGGUAGGAGAUGAUCACACAAAAGAUGGAACAGUUGAUCUUCAAGGCAAUCCUGUUCGAAGAUCCAUUAGAGGUCGAUGGAAAGCUUGUUCCUUCCUCGUCGUGUACGAGGCGUUUGAGCGGAUGGCAUAUUACGGGAUAUCGAGCAACCUAGUGAUUUACAUGACAACCAAACUACACCAAGGCACCGUUAAGUCCGCGAAUAAUGUGACCAACUGGGUCGGGACUGUUUUCCUCACUCCUAUCUUGGGUGCUUAUGUCGCGGACGCUCAUCUUGGUCGCUACCGCACUUUCGUCAUCUCUUCUACUAUCUACUUUUUGGGGAUGUUGGUGUUAACGUUAUCAGUAUCCAUACCGGGAAUCAAACCACCAGAUUGUUCUAUGGCUAAUGCUGAAGACUGCGAACAGACUUCUAUUCUACAGUUAGCGGUUUUCUUUGGAGCAUUAUACACAUUAGCCAUUGGUACAGGCGGUACAAAAGCGAACAUUUCUACCAUCGGAGCCGAUCAGUUUGACGAGACCGACCCAAAGGAGAAGAUUCCAAAAAUGUCAUUCUUCAAUUGGUGGAUGUUUAGCAUCUUCUUUGGCACUCUCUUUGCCAAUACAGUUCUUGUCUAUGUUCAAGAUAAUGUGGGCUGGGGCUGGGGUUAUGGGAUUCCAACUUUGGGACUUGCUAUUUCCAUCUUUGUUUUCUUAUUGGGCACUCCUUUUUACCGCCAUAAACUCCCUACGGGAAGCCCUUUCAUGAAAAUGACUCGAGUCAUUGUGGCUUCAUUUCGCAAAGCUAAUGCCCCGAUGGCACGCAGCCUCACACAAUUUCACGAGCUGCCUUCAAUGGAAUAUGAGCGGAAAGGCACCUUUCCGAUCCAGCCCACUAAGAGUCUAAGAUUCUUAGACAGAGCUUCACUCAAAACAGGAACAACAGAUCAGUGGAAUCUUUGUACAAUCACAGAAGUCGAAGAAACAAAACAAAUGCUAAAUAUGUUACCUGCCAUGUUUGCAACUUUUGUCCCAAGCGCAACGGUCGCUCAAGUCAGCACUUUGUUUGUCAAACAAGGAACCACUCUUAACGCAAGGAUCGCCGGAAACUUCAGCAUCCCGCCAGCGAGUCUCACCGCCUUCGUCACAGUCUCAAUUCUCAUCUCCAUUGUCUUAUACGAUCGAGUCUUUGUCAAGGUAACUCGAAAAUUCACCGGUAAUCCAAGAGGCAUUACUUUGCUUCAACGAAUGGGAGUUGGUAUGAUCUUCCACAUCCUCCUCAUGACGGUCGCAUGUUUCACCGAAAGGUAUAGACUCAAAGUCGCUGCUGAUCAUGGACUCGUCCACCAAAAGGGAGUAAAACUACCAUUGUCAAUCUUCGUUUUGCUUCCUCAGUUCGUGUUAAUGGGCAUAGCUGAUGCUUUCUUAGAAGUUGCGAAGCUCGAAUUUUUCUACGAUCAAGCUCCUGAGUGUAUGAAAAGCCUCGGGGCAUCGUAUUCCUUAACGAGUUUAGGGAUCGGGAAUUUCUUGAGCAGUUUCUUGUUGUCGACGGUAUCUAAGAUAACGAAGAAACGAGGAAGAGGAUGGAUUUUGAAUAACCUUAAUGAGUCUAGGUUGGAUUAUUAUUACUUGUUUUUUGCGCUUCUUAAUUUUGUUAACUUCCUCUUCUUCUUGGUUGCGGUUAAAUUUUAUGUCUAUAGAGCUGAGGUUACUCAUCCAGUGGAUGUGAAAGAAGAGGAAGCGAAUGUGAUGGGUGUCGAGGAGAAUGAAUAAUCAAAAACUGUUUUCUAUACAGUUUUCUGCUUUCUUUAAAUUUUUGUGAACUUCUCCGUGGACUUUUGCUUUAGA